AGAACGAAGUGUGAAGCCAGUGUGUCUUUACUUUGUGUCUUCACUCAGUUUUCAUGGUGGUGGGAGGUGCCUUGCCCAAGGGACAAAAGCAAUCACAUAGGAUUGUCAUUCUAGAUCAAUAGUCUCACUCAGCCUGUGGGUAGAGACCCCCAUGGGGUUGAAUGACGCUUUCACAAAAGCCAACAGAAAACACAGAUAUUUACAUUACAGUUAUGAAGUAGCAAUGAAAAUAAUUUCAUGAUUGGGGAUGACCACAACAUGAGGCACUGUAUUAAAGGGCCACAGCAUUAAGAAGGUUGAGAACCACUGCUCUAGGUAGAGCCUGGGGUCUACAGGUUUGGGGGUUAAGGUGUUUAGUUAGUGAGCCCUGCGCUGGGCUGCCUCAGAAAGGGUGACACAGGACAUCUGCUGAGGGCAAUGGCAGGUAUAAUCCUGGCCCUGUGUGAGGUGAGGCUUGGUUGCCAGGUGACUGUCCCAGGGUAGACACCCACUGUCUCUGCCUCCUGUGCUCACUCAGAAAUAGCCACCCCAAUAGUGCACAUUCCCUUGCCACCAUGGCGAGGCAGCUUAACAUGGACACCCUGCGGCAAAACUUCUGGAAGGAGGAGUACCUCAAAGAGAUGAAGUUGCGCUAUGAAUGGCACCGCAAGUAUGGAACUCUGUUGAAGGCCAAGCAGAAGGCUAAGGCUGCAGCCCGCCUGCCCCUCAAACUGCCCACCCUGAUGCCUAAGGCCCCGGUCUCACCACAACCUGCCUCCAAAGCUGCCCCUUCUAAGGCCCCCAGCCCUGUCCCAGAGACUCCUUUUCAGUCAGAAAUGUACCCAGUACCACCCGCCACCAGAGCCCUGCUGUAUGAAGGAAUCUCCCAUGACUUGCAGGGGCGCUACCAGUAUCUCAACACCCGAAAACUGGACCUGCCAGAGAAGCGCUACCUGUUCCCCAUCACCACCAACUUUACAUAUGGCUGGCAGCUGGGCCCUGCUACAAAGCAACCAAUACUCUCCUGCAAGAUGUGCCGCAUCGAGACUUUCUUCCGUAAGAAUGGGGCCUUUGCAUUCCUGGAUCCCCGGGACCUGGCCCUCUGACCUCGGGCCUGGCAGUGACUUAGGAGCAGAAGGAGGAAACAAUGGGAUUCUUGGUGGAGCUGUA